CCCAGGCCCGGGGCAUCGAGCUCAUAACGUCGGAGAACUUCGUUUGCCGCGCGGUGCUCGUCGUGCUUGGCUGCCACCUCACCAAGAAGUACUCUGAGGGCCCCCGGGUGCUCGCUACUACGGCGGGAAUCAGCACAUCAAUGCCAUCGUGCGGCUCUGCCAUGUGCGCGCCCGCAACAUUGCAACAGAAAAGAGAGGAGAGAGAAUUGGUGUGCGCGGGGUAGGAUCUGGGUCUCGACGUGGCUUUCUCGGCGAGCAGUUGUUGCGGGUCGUGCAGAGAAGGCACGGUUCGAGCAAAGGCUCAUCAGGUUCUGCCCAGCAUCACCAGGUCGUACCGUGGACAUCUCUGUCCUCAUCUUUGUCGGUAGAUAGGUACUUUAACUCGAGUUCGUUCUUACUUCCGCUUUAAUUUCAACCCGGUUGCUUUUGGAUUAAUUUGCUAGGGGGCGGCGACACGGCCGUCGCCGGCAUGCCCGCCAUCGCGGUUGCACUGGGCGGCGCAGCCUGGUCACUAGCAGGAGGUAGGUGAAGGGGUGAUGGCUGUUGAUCGCUUGCUAAACGCAGUGAGGACACGAGUCACCUGAAGAGCAAGUUGGUACCUAGAAUCUCAAGUGCCAGGCAAGUUGUGUCCUUGAUCACUUCCUUUUUACCCAGUCAUGUUCUUAUUAAUCAUAAUGAUCUGCAUAGAUUAAUUUUGAUGGGACCCAAUAGAUUACCCUAGAUUUGACUAUCUUUAUACCUUGAUUACCACUGAACUUUUGGGUAGUACAUGCUAUUGCUUUAUGUGGUUUUGGGUAUGGAGAUACACAUUGUUCACGAUUAUAUUUUUAUUAUCUAUUUAUUAUUUACUGUUCAUGUUAAGAUCAUUAUGUUAAUGGGAACAUGGAGAACCACUCGGGAAAACAGUGCUACCACAAGGGUUUAAUGGACGCCCUUGGCUGAUUAACUAGGAAAGCUAGUGGAUGACUACCUUACCCGAAAGGGGCAAGGGCAGUAGGGGAGUGGUCAGUGUAGGGAGGUCCUUGGUUGAUUUUGCUGCGAUGGCGGUCAGGCGAGGGAUUCCUGCAUUGGAGCUUCCUAUAAACUGUAGCGGGUUUUCUGAAGCUAGUAGAACUUUGUAAAGGCCUCGUAGUGUUACCCUGCCUCGCCUCCUCGGUAGAGGUGUAUGGGAUUGGCCGUCUCUUGGCAAAUGGGUAACAUGACUUGUGGGUAAAGAUGUGCAACCUCUGUAGAGUGUAAAACUGGUAUACUAGCCGUGCUCACGGUCAUGAGCAGCUUGGACACUCACAUGAUUAAAUUAUAGAACUUAAACUCAAUUUGUCAUAUGCAUUGCAUCGCAGGUGAGGUUGUUACUUUUGUUCUACUACUUAAUUGGGUUGGUAUUUACUUAUACUUAAUAAUUGCUAAUAAAAUUUUGACCAACUUUAAAAGCAAUGCUCAGCUCUAACCAUCCUCUUUGGUAAGCCUUACACUUCACGUGAGCUCCCACCUUUGGCGAGUUCAUGCACAUUAUUCCCCACAACUUGUUGAGCUAUGAACGUAUGUGAGCUCACCCUUGCUGUCUCACACCCCCACAGGUCAAGAAUAGGUACCACAUGAUGAGGCGCAUGGAGGAUGUUGUGACGAGUUCGUGAGAGGUCUAGGUCGUCGUCUCCCAGUCAACUUUGGGUUGCUGGACCGUUGUCUCCUUAUAUUGUAAUUAUUUAUUUAUUUUGUACAGAACUCCUAUUAUAUAGUAAAGAUGUGACAUUCGAUCAUGUGCCAUGAUUCAUCAUAUGCGUGAGAGUUGGUCCCAGCACACCUAGUGAUUAUGUUCGCGCCCGGGUCUUGGUGCUCCGAAACCCGGGUGUGACAGUACUUUAAUGCAAUAUGUUCAAAGGAGCUGAGUGCUGAAGAUUUAGUGCAGUUGAGCACCUCGAUUCCUGAAACCCUUUGUCGGCUUGAGAUGAUUUUCCCACCAGCCUUUUUUGAUAUAAUGAUCCAUUUGCCGAUUCAUCUAGCUAAAGAGGCUAAACUUGGUGGACUAGUGUGCUAUAGAUGGAUGUAUCCAAUUGAGAGAUAUCUACGUACUCUUAAAGCCUAUGUUCGGAACAAAGCGCACCCUGAAGGCUCGAUGGCUGAGGGAUAUAUAUUAGACGAGUGCAUGACAUUUUGCAGUCGCUUCUUGCAAGACGUGGAAACCAAGCUUAAUCAUGCAGACCGUCAUGAAGCUGAUGCUGUGAAUGAACCACCAUCUGGCCUAAGCAUAUUUGCCAACAUUGACUACACUAAGAAAGAAUUCAUUGUCGAGUCACUUUCUAGGAGUGAGCUGCAGCGGAUGAGGCACUACAUAUUACAAAAUUGUGAUGAGGCUACUCCAUGGAUAAACGAGCAUAUGGACGAACUAAAAAAAUUAAGUACACGGAAUGUUGAUCAAAGGCACAAGGAACAAUUUGUAGGUUGGUUUGAGCGAAAGAUCAGCAAACUAAAUCAACAAUGGAAGACAAGUGACCUGCUCUACACACUUUCACAAGGACCAGACCAUCGGGCUCGUGUUUUCAACAGAUGGUUCAUCAAUGGAUUUCUUUUUCGUACAGAAAAAAUAGAGCAGAACCUAUGCACACAAAAUAGUGGUGUUGUUGUGAAAGGAGAUGAAAGCUUCGGUAAUAUUGACUGGUAUGGUGUGAUUAAAAAAAUUAUUGCACUAGAUUUUCCUCAAGGAAAGGAAGUUGUCCUCUUUCAGUGCAACUGGUUCCAUGUUCCUACCGCCAAGAACAAAGGAAGAGGCUACCAAAGGGAUCAGUAUGGAAUUGUUGAUAUUGAUAAAACUCGGUUGUGCUAUUUAGAUGAGCCUUAUAUUCUUAGUUCACAAGCUGAGCAGGUAUUUUAUGUCAAUGGUACAAAGAAAAAAGAUUGGUGCACUGUUGUAAGAUUGAAACCCCGAAAUCUGUUCGCCAUGCCAAAAUCUGAAAAAUCAGAAAUUGAUCUUGAUUCAAUAGAUGUGGGAUUGGAAGGCAUGAGUGUUUUAAGCAGUGAUGAAGUAUUGGUGAAGUGGAGAAGGUCUGACAUGGAAGGUGUAACCAGUGAUGCUUGUGUCAUUGAGAAAGCGCUUGAUGAAUUUAUAGAAGAAACGUAUGAUAUUGGGUUAGAAGAUGAGGAGGAUGAAUAAGACAACACAUACAUUGAUGAUGGAUAUGUAGCACCUAUGGACUCAUCAUGAGACUCAAAUGAUGAUGAUUUUUUUGUUUAAAAGAAAAGUCACAGACUAUUGGCACACACUGAAUUGAGGCAAACACGUACAAUCGUGUAACUAUUAUAUAUUUCAUUUGUAAUGAUCUUACAAUCACGUACCUCUUAUUUUUAUAUUCUUAAUAAUGUAUGCACCAACUUAUCUAUA